AUGCUGGCUACCCGGAUAGCCGGCUUCCUGAAUGUGGGCUCGAUUCUGAGGCCCGCAUCGGCCGAUGUGUUCCAAGUCAGAGGGCGAAAACGUGCGCUGAAGGCCACCCUAACAAGGCAGCAAAAGCUCGAACGACGGCUGAAGCGAGAGGCCCGCGAAGCGGCGCGGAAGCAGUACACGUUCAUGGAGAGGAUCAACAUUCGGCGGAUGAAAAAUUUGCUCUCUCCAUCUCAACAAUACCCUGGACGUCUCGUUGCUGAUGAAGAAGAAGCUCUGCCCGACAAGCCAGCCACAAAUGUCUAUAUCAUGUCCACGGUGAAAACGCAGUUCUUCUCCGUCCGCGACGCCCUCGCCAUGCACAGAGAAUUGCAGUGUCCCGAGAUCUACAACCGGCCAAACGCCCCCAUCAAGCUGCGCAUCGAGCUGAACAUGAGCACUGAAAAAUCGACGAAAAUGAUCUCAAACCACGACGAAAUCGUCCCCGUUCCCUUCCCGUUCAAGCACCAGGAAAAGCGUACGAUUCUCGCGUUUGUCAACGAUUUGAAGCUGCAGGAAGCUGCCGUUGAAAGUGGCGCCGAGCUCUCCGUCGGGCAGGACGUCGUGAAGAAGAUUAUCAAGGGGCAAUUCCGCACUGACGACUACGAUUUUUGCGUGGCGCACACCGAUAUGGCUCCGCAUAUUUUGCCGCUUCGCGGGCUGCUCCGGUCAAAGUUUCCGAACAAGGUCAAUGGCGGUCUCGGCGACGAUCUGCCUGCCAUCAUUGAUCGUUUCCGCAACGGCGUGAAGCUGUCGAUCAAGGGCGACCCGGUAUACCCAAUUUGGGGACUCGCUGAGCCGGUGGUCGGCAGAUUGUCGAUGAGCGAUGACCAGCUCGAAGAAAACAUUGCCGCCAUCGUUCAGGCCCUCUGCGUCCAUCGCAGCCCCGCGCUGGGCCCUUUUAUUAAUCGUUGCCUGAUGAUGACGAUUCCCGGCGAGGCCCAUUUUGCGUUGGACGUGAAGAAGUGGGAGCCGGUGGCUACCGAGGAGGAGCUGGAGAAGAUGGAUGCCCGGCGCAACAAGAAAAAGCAAAAGAAGGACGCCGCCGCCAAGCCAAAUGAAGAAGCCGUCAAAGAGCUCGCCCAGCAAGUCGUCGACGAGGAUCUCAAGGUGGCGACGGCU